AUGUUCGGCUAUUCCCUAGGAGCACGCAUAACGGAUAAGUUGAUGUUGGAAAAAUCGCGGUGCCAUGUCCAGAAAGAUAUCUUCAAAUUUGUUUGCCGAGAAUUGUGGCAGCUGUUUUUCCAGAAGCAAGCAGACCGUUUGCAGACGAACAAGAAAGGCGGUUACAUUAUUUUUGAGGAAGCGUCCCCCUGGCUGAAGAGACUACUGCCCUAUGAAGGUAUGGAUAGUGGUAAGGUCCCGUUGAUUAAUGUGAAGUGUGGAAAUGACGCAGCGACACUGUUGAGCGAGAAGGAAAAAAAACGGACGGCUUCAUUUGGCAAUUCUGCGGAUGCUCAGGCGGCUUUAAUAUGUGGCAUCAUCCGGGGAGCUUUAACGAUCUUGGGAUGCCCUUGUUUGGUGAGCUACGACCUGGAGAACCCACCGAGUUGCUCGUUCCAUGCAUUAGUGAUCAGCUAG